AUGGCAAUUACGAUUUUGCCCUCACUAAAUAUUACCAUACGCUUCAUCAGGGUUGUUCAAGGAGUUUCAUCGCAGGUUAUUGUUAGUUUCUUCAUCUCCACUCAACCUACAAUGGCUGCAAAUAAUGAGAUGCCCGUUGCAUUAGACAAGGAACAGAUCUUUGGAAUGGCAGAGAAGGAGAUGGAGUACAGGGUUGAAUUGUUUAACAAGCUAACUCAUACAUGUUUUGCUAAAUGUGUUGAGAAAAGGUACAAAGAGUCUGAGUUAAACAUGGGUGAAAACAGCUGCAUUGAUCGUUGUGUUUCAAAAUAUUGGCAGGUCACAAAUCUUGUAGGCCAACUACUUGGUUCUGGGAGACCACCAAUGUGA